AUGGGAAGUAACCCGUGUGACGAGGAAGCUGACAAGGCCUCCACGCGAGGGGAAGACUGGACGGCAGUCCUCCAGUGCAUUCCAGGCAUAGAGGCUGAGCUACUCACCACGGAGAGGAACUACUUGAAAGCUGCCACCCAUCCUGUUUGGGCUCACAAACCUGUCUCUGUUCUGUCCUUCAGGCAGGAUGAAGGGUUGCACUGGCCAUCUUCAAGAGCCCUUCGGUUCUCUUGCAGUCUCCCAGCAAAGCCAGGGUACUAUCCGCUGAAUGCCAGCACCAUCUGGUGGCCGUGGGCCAUAACCCAAGCCCAUUCCUCCCACUGCCACCUGGUGGCCACUAAUGCCACAUUAUUAAAAGUAAACAUGGAAAAUGAACCAGACCAUGAAAAUGUGGAACAAAGCCUCUGUGCCAAGACUACUGAUGAGGAACUGAACAAGUCUCUCAGUCUAGAAGCUUCACUUUCAAAAUUCUCUUACAUAGAUCUGGACAAGGAACUGGAGUUCAGAAAUGAUCUGAUUGAUGAUAAGGAGUUCGAUAUUCCUCAGGUUGAUACUCCUCCAACACUGGAAAGCAUACUGAAUGAAACUGAUGAUGAAGAUGAAUCUUUUGUUCUUGAAGAUCCUACAUUGUUAAACAUUGAUACUAUUGAUUCUCACUCUUACGAUACUUCAUCUGUGGCAAGCUCAGAUAGUGGUGACAGGACCAACUUGAAAAGAAAGAAGAAAUUACCUGAUUCAUUUUCACUCCAUGGAUCAGUUAUGCGACAUUCACUUUUGAAGGGAAUUUCUGCCCAGAUAGUGUCUGCAGCUGACAAAGUAGAUGCUGGCUUGCCUACAGCAAUUGCAGUAUCCAGUUUGAUAGCAGUGGGUACAUCUCAUGGAUUGGCCUUGAUAUUUGAUCAGAAUCAAGCUUUGCGACUCUGCUUGGGUAGCACUAGUGUUGGAGGUCAGUAUGGAGCUAUCUCUGCCCUCAGUAUCAACAAUGACUGCUCAAGACUUCUCUGUGGCUUUGCUAAGGGACAGAUCACUAUGUGGGAUUUGGCCAGUGGAAAGCUUCUAAGAUCAAUAACAGAUGCUCAUCCUCCGGGAACAGCAAUAUUACAUAUUAAGUUUACAGAUGAUCCAACUCUUGCAAUUUGCAACGACAGCGGAGGCUCUGUUUUUGAAUUGACAUUUAAGAGAGUGAUGGGAGUGAGAACUUGUGAAUCUCGAUGCCUGUUCAGCGGUUCCAAGGGUGAAGUUUGUUGUAUUGAACCUCUCCACUCUAAGCCCGAGUUGAAAGAUCAUCCCAUCACACAGUUUUCCUUAUUGGCUAUGGCAUCCUUAACAAAGAUACUGGUCAUUGGAUUGAAGCCAUCCUUGAAAGUGUGGAUGACUUUUCCUUAUGGACGGAUGGAUCCUUCCAGUGUUCCGUUGCUGGCCUGGCACUUCGUGGCAGUGCAUAAUUAUGUGAAUCCCAUGCUUGCCUUCUGCAGAGGAGAUGUUGUUCAUUUUCUCCUGGUUAAGAGAGACGAAUCUGGAGCGAUACAUGUUACUAAGCAAAAGCAUCUUCACCUAUACUAUGACCUCAUCAACUUUACUUGGAUAAACUCACGCACAAUUGUGCUCUUGGACAGUGUAGAGAAGUUGCAUGUGAUUGAUCGGCAAACUCAGGAGGAACUGGAAACAGUAGAGAUCUCAGAAGUUCAGUUGGUCUAUAAUAGCAGCCAUUUCAAAUCAUUAGCCACUGGAGGAAAUGUGAGCCAGGCGCUGGCUUUGGUUGGAGAGAAGGCUUGCUAUCAAUCCAUAAGUAGCUAUGGUGGUCAGAUCUUUUAUUUGGGAACAAAAUCUGUUUAUGUGAUGAUGCUGAGGAGCUGGAGAGAGAGAGUGGAUCACCUCUUGAAACAAGACUGUCUUACAGAAGCUUUGGCUCUGGCAUGGUCUUUCCACGAAGGAAAAGCAAAAGCAGUAGUAGGAUUAUCAGGGGAUGCCAAUAAGCGAAAGGCUAUUGUUGCAGAUCGGAUGGUAGAAAUCCUAUUGCAUUAUGCAGACCGAGCUCUGAAAAAGUGCCCAGACCAGGGUAAAAUCCAAGUGAUGGAGCAACAUUUUCAGGAUAUGGUACCUGUCAUAGUUGAUUACUGCCUUCUGCUACAGCGAAAGGAUCUUUUAUUUAGCCAGGUGUAUGACAAAUUAAGUGAGAAUUCAGUGGCCAAAGGAGUGUUUCUGGAGUGCCUUGAACCGUAUAUUUUAAGUGAUAAAUUGGUGGGGAUCACACCCCAGGUAAUGAAAGACUUGAUUGUUCAUUUCCAAGAUAAAAAGUUAAUGGAAAAUGUGGAAGCCCUCAUUGUACAUAUGGAUAUCACCAGCCUAGAUAUUCAGCAGAUAGUUCUCAUGUGUUGGGAAAAUCGACUAUAUGAUGCUAUGAUCUAUGUCUACAACAGAGGCAUGAAUGAAUUUAUUAGUCCAGUGGAGAAACUUUUCAGAGUCAUUGCACCUCCUUUGAAUGCAGGAAAGACGCUAACAGAUGAGCAAGUUGUUAUGGGCAACAAGCUUCUUGUAUAUAUUAGCUGUUGUCUAGCAGGUCGUGCCUAUCCCCUGGGUGACAUCCCUGAAGAUCUUGUUCCCUUGGUUAAAAACCAGGUUUUUGAAUUUCUAAUUCGCCUGCAUUCAACAGAAGCUCCCCCUGAGGAAGAAAUCUAUCCCUAUAUUCGGACUUUGCUGCAUUUCGACACACGAGAAUUUCUAAAUGUAUUGGCGCUGACUUUUGAAGAUUUUAAAAAUGAUAAGCAAGCUGUAGAAUAUCAACAACGUAUUGUGGAUAUUUUGUUGAAGGUUAUGGUAGAGAAUUCAGAUUUUACGCCCUCACAAGUAGGGUGUCUCUUUACCUUCCUUGCCCGGCAGCUUGCAAAGCCUGACAACACCUUAUUUGUAAACAGAACCCUUUUUGAUCAGGUCCUUGAAUUCCUUUGUAGUCCUGAUGAUGACUCCCGACACUCUGAAAGACAGCAGGUCCUUUUAGAAUUGCUGCAGGCUGGAGGCAUAGUUCAAUUUGAAGAGAGUCGACUCAUCCGUAUGGCAGAGAAAGCAGAAUUCUACCAAAUUUGUGAGUUUAUGUAUGAACGAGAACACCAAUAUGACAAAAUUAUUGAUUGCUACAUACGUGACCCACUAAGAGAGGAAGAAGUCUUUAACUACAUUCACAAUAUUUUAUCCAUUCCUGGAUACAGUGCAGAGGAGAAGCAGUCUGUAUGGCAGAAAGCUAUGGAUCAUAUUGAGGAACUUGUGGCCCUGAAGCCCUGUAAAGCUGCAGAGCUGGUUGCUACUCACUUUUCUGAACAGAUCGAAACAGUCCUUAAAAAACUUCAGAACCAGGUUUUGCUUUUCAAGUUUUUGAGAAGCCUUCUUGACCCAAGGGAAGGUAUUCAUGUAAAUCAAGAAUCGCUGCAGAUAUCUCCCUGUAUAAUAGAGCAGUUCAUUGAGCUCUUGUGUCAGUUCAGCCCAAACCACGUUAUUGAGACGCUGCAAGUCCUUGAGUGCUACCGCCUAGAAGAAACUAUUCAGAUUACCCAGAAGUAUCAACUUUGUGAAGUCACUGCUUAUCUAUUAGAAAAGAAAGGAGAUAUUCAUGGUGCCUUCUUAAUAAUGCUAAAGAGACUACAAAGCAAACUUCAAGAGAUAACACAUCAAGAUGAAAAUACCAAAGAGGAUCCCUCAUUGAAGGAUGUUGAAGAGACCAUGGUAGAGACGAUUGCUCUCUGCCAGAGAAAUUCACAUAAUUUGAACCAACAGCAGAGAGAGGCACUCUGGUUUCCAUUAUUGGAGGCAAUGAUGGCCCCUCAGAAGCUGUCUAGUUCAGCUGCACCUCAUCCACACUCUGAAGCUCUGAAAUCUUUGACCAUGCAAGUUCUCAACAGCAUGGCAGCAUUCAUUGCCCUUCCAUCCAUCCUGCAGCGAAUCUUACAGGACCCAGUUUAUGGAAAAGGAAAACUUGGAGAAAUCCAGGGCCUUAUUCUGGGAAUGUUGGAUACCUUUAACUAUGAACAGACCCUGCUGGAAACGACGACUAGCCUUCUAAACCAAGAUCUCCAUUGGUCAUUGUGUAACCUGAGAGCUUCAGUCACCAGAGGACUGAAUCCCAAGCAGGAUUACUGCUCUAUUUGUUUGCAGCAGUACAAGAGACGCCAAGAAAUGGCUGAUGAAAUUAUUGUUUUUAGCUGUGGCCAUUUAUAUCAUUCAUUCUGUCUGCAAAGCAAAGAGUGCACCAUAGAAAUUGAAGGGCAAACAAGAUGGACAUGCUACAAAUGCAGCUCAAGUAACAAAGCAGGAAAGUUGAGUGAAAAUUCAUCUGAAGUUAAAAAGGGAAGGAUAACCCCAUCACAGGCAACCUCAGAACCUGUUCUGGAUCCACAGCAAAUCCAAGCAUUUGAUCAGCUCUGCCAUCUCUACCGAGGAAGUUCCAGGCUGGCCCUCCUCACAGAACUCUCCCAGAAUCGCAGCAGUGAGAGCUGCAGGCCGUUUGGAGGCUCCCAGAGUGGCCCCGCCUUCAACAGCAUCUUCCAGAAGGAGAACUUCCAGCUGCAGCUCAUUCCUCCCCCCGUGACCGAGGACUGA